UCUACAGGUCACUGCACCUCUGUGCGGGUAAUUCUCCAUUUUCCACUAAUACUGAUUUCUGGUAUUAAUUAUAGGUCUAAAACUUAAUAUCCUGUUAAUUUAGCCAGAGCUAUUCCACAUUAUCUGUUUUAUUAUAGAGGUGCUAUCAGGGGGCAUGCAAUAAAAAAAUACUAAUUUGUGGCAGUUUAAACCUACAUUGAACCUGCUGCAGUUCCCGGCUUUUCAGGGAAGUCGGUAUGUUUUGAAUUGAAACCGGUGAGAGUGCAAUGUGCGCCAGUUAUUCAUUUCUACCCUAUCAUCCCGUUGACCAAACAAUUUUGGAAAUGAUAUCAUUGUUUAAAUAGGCAAUGUGCGCUUUAUCAAUGUCAUUAUCUUUGUCGGCACCGACAAUCACAGAUGUCAAAUAUUUUGUUCUGUGGUUGUUAUUUGUAUUGUUCUUUUCACUUAGAAAAAAGAACGAAACGUAUUUGAUUUUCCGUUCUUGUAACGAAAAGAACUCCUCGAACCCCCUUUUACCGAUUUACCGGUAAGGCUUUGUGAGGCGAGGUGGGGCCGGGUGCUGGUGAACCGCUAGGAUGGGAACGGGUCGCCAGGUUAGAACACUGGCACGGAGGGAGGUGGGGAAAGGAGAGAUGAUCGGAGGGGAGGAGGCGGCCGCUCACAGUGUUUAUUUGGGUGAUGUAAGUGAAAGAACAUCGGUGCGUCAGUAAUAUAGCAACAGUUUUAAUUGCUGUUUUUUGUGCCAUUCCUUGCUCCUCGGCACUUAUGCAGUCUUUACCAUGUUGAAAACUACUUUGCUCUCAUGGCAAUUUCAUGCGCGGGGAAUCCACAACUUCACCUGCGUUUGGGACACAAUUGCCACUGUUUGGGGCAUCUAGCAGGCGGGCGCCUAGACUGGAUCCAGCUCCGAUGGACAUGCCAGCCAGCUGGGCUGCAGGCUCUCAUUUCCUUGGCGAUAUGCGCGUUUCCUUCCUGAACUCAACGAGGAACCCGCCGACUGCGUCCUCCAAAACCAGCCUGCUCAUGGAGGUGCUGAUCGUGCUCAUGUGCCUCGGCGCUGUCACUGGUAACAUUCUUGUCAUCGUGAUCGUGGCUGCCACCAAGACCUUCCACUCGGUAACAUCGGUGCUUAUAAUUAACCUCGCUAUCAGCGACUUCCUCGUUGGCAUUGGCGUCAUGCCCUUUGUGGCGGUGUCUGUUAUGAACAGCGGCUGGGUCAGCUGUACCGACCUGUGUCUGUACGUAGGGUACACCUCUUCCGUUUACUGUACGGCUUCGGUGCUCACGUUGGCCGCCAUCGCCCUCGACCGCUACUACUCCAUCGUGGACUGCCUGAGGUACAGCUCGAAGUGUACCGUCUGGCGGACGGGCUCGGCGGUGGUGUGGAUCUGGCUGCAGGCCAUGCUCACCAGCUGCCCGCCCCUACUUGGCUGGAGCAGCGUGGAAUACGUGGCCCCUAUGUACAGCUGCGCCGUCAACUGGUCCAGCAGCCCUAGUUACACCACCUUCAUGGCCGCCCUCUCCUUCCUGGUACCGGCCGCCGUCAUCCUCUUCUGCUACGUGAAGAUUGUCAAGGUCGCCCGCUGUCACGCUCGCAGGAUCCACGACCUGGAGGACCACCUACAGCGCAGCUGCAGGCUCCGGGCCCCGACAUGCCCCACGGACCCGUGCCAGGAGGCCCCCAGUACCUCCAGGCUGGUGUACUACCUGAGUGGGCGGUUCGUCUCCGAGGCCCCCGUGGAUGGGAGUGCUUUGGGGGCAGUUCUUCCAGAUGCUGCCGCUGGUCCCCAGUCCUGCCCCAGCACCUCCAGCCAAUCAGGGGGACGACGCUUGCCAUCUCUCCUUGCGCACCUCCAGAGCAGCGGCCAGCAUCAGCACCACAGCUCCAACCCCCACCAUGGGAUUGUGCGCCUCCUGCUGGUCAUUUCUGCUUUCCUUCUCUGCUGGACACCCUACAUCGGAGUAGCACUUGUGCAGGCCAUAGAGACUGCCCUGUCCCGCCGCACUAGCCUGGUCCCACCUUCAGCAGUCACCUUCUCCUAUUGGCUGGUUCUGUUCAACUCCGACAUUAACCCCCUGCUGUAUGCACUGCUCAGCCAGCGCUUCCAGGGGGCGCUCAGGAGUCUCAGGCGCAAGCUGCGAGCCAGGCUAGGAGACGCUGUACUGAGUGGAGGUGGGAGACAUGCUGGGAUGGAGGAUGAAGGGCUUGGCUGUCGAGCACCAUGUACCUUAACGAUCCCGCAUUUUCGGUCUCAACAGAGUCACCAAAGCGCUACUUCAGAAAGGACAACCUGCCGCUCCUCUGUUUUCUCUCUGGAGUCUGACAUCCCCAAUGCUUACAGAGAACACUUGGGCAGCAUCUUCUUGCCGCACAGCUCUUCUUCAUCUUGCUGUUCCUCCUCCUCCUCCUCCUCCUCCCCCCCUUGCUCUGCAUGGCAGGACAGCAAUGGAGAAUGUGCCUGUGGGAAAAUUGAGCGGCUGCAGGUGCCCUCCCAUCCACAAGAGGGAAACAGACUGCCCUCCGCAGUGGCGACACUGGAUAGGCAGGCGACAUUCUUUUACGGGGAAAUCACUGUAAGGGUGGAGCAUGACGUGUGCUGAGAUCCUUUGAGGUACUGACAGCAUGAGCUCCGCAUCUUUGUAGGCAGAAUAUGUAUAUUACUCUUUAACAAGCAUAGGUUAGUUUGUCAUUUUCUAGCAUUUUUGUGUGGUAAACCAUGAAAUGGGGUUUGAUUAGUGACAACAGAUUUUUUUUCCCCAUCAUAAAGGCAUUCGAUGCAUUACGGUUGGGUAAUCACCAUCCAGUGAAACACGAGUACCGAUAUAAAACUGAUCCCUCACUGUCAAUACUCUGCCAAUGAAUUUAAAUAACUGUGUGGGGAGCUGAGACCUUUUCACACUUAAUAGUUUCAGUACUGACUUUUAGAUACUAGACUUCUUCCAGAGGCCCUGGACUACUGUGUUCAAAACCUGAUCUUUCCUCUUGUGUUAGGCCUACUAUUUCCCUCAUUUUUGAGGUGAUUAAAAAGAUUAGGGAGUACUAGCAGGCUUGGGGAGUAACGGACUACAGUGUGUUACGUAAUCUGGAUACAAAAAUAAAUGACUGUAUUUCAUUACAGGUACUGAGAAAAAGAAGCGUAAUCAGAUUACAGUUACUUUUGUAAUAAAUCAGGAUUAUUUCUAGAUUACAUUAUAAUAAAUCUGAAAACGAAGAACAGAUUUCUGAUGCGUUUAUAAAGAAUGCGAAGCAGAUGGCGCCGUUUUCUGCAUAAACAGCGCCUCUCGCCAUAGAUGGCCUCUCACGAGAUUUGUUCUCAAUGUUGUACUCAAUCUCUCGUACCUGCGGUGUAAGUCCCCCCUACCUGUGGCUGGCUCCAGGCUCCCUUCUCUAUUACUGCUCUCUUUCCUGAUUUUUGUUCCACACUCCAUUUGAGUAGAGCUACGCUGCUGUACCAGACGGAUGCCCAUCAAAAAAAAAACUUUUAAAUGAAGCUGGACAGGCAAAGAGGCCGCCAGCAUUUCAGUAGUACUUAUUACAAAUGAACACAAUAGUGUGCAGUACUUCAGUUUAAUUUGUAUAGCCCAAAUCACAUGAAUUCAGCUUUAUUUGUAGAGUCCCAAAUCACAUGAAUUCAGCUUUAUUUUUAGAGUCCCAAAUCACAUGGACAACACGUACAUAUAAUACUGUCUGUUGUUGCAUUCUCACGUAGGAUAAUUUCCUCAUUGCUGUUAUUAAGGGUCUAAAGUACGUAGUGUUAUGAAACACUAUUGUUUUUGUUAGGAUUCUUAUUCUUAUUGUUUUAUUAUUAGGCCAAACUGCGUUCCGUUGUACGAGUAGUGGUAUUUGUUCUUUACUAGGGAAAAAUGUGGAGACGUAUUCCGACUCCCGGCUUUUACCCCA